AUGCAACAGGACUUGAAUACACCUUUUAAGAAAUUUGUUGCAUCUAUAGGCGGUCGUAUGGAAAUUUCUCCUAAUCCUGAAAUUGUCACACCUGACUUUGAGAUUUACCAAAAGUUAUUAUUGGGAGUCUAUAAAAAUGAAAAAUUUAAAGAAGUUCGAAAAAUUUAUGAUGAUCUUCAGCUUAGAAAAGAAACGGCGAAGAAAAAGUAUAGAGAAGACUUAAUAAGCAUAGGAGAACAGAAGGCUAAAAAAAACUACGAUCAAAUGAUCGAAAAGAUUAAUCAAGACAAUGCUACUACUCAAAAUAUAUUCUUUUCAAAUUUAGAAGAAGAUCUGAAUAAAAAGCUUGAUAACGAAAUUGAACAACUUACUACAAGUUUUCGUGAUAUUGUGAAAGAAUCUGGCUUUUAUGCGUAUGCUCGAAUACCUAAUAGAGAUAAUGACAACGAAUAUCGAAAUGCUUUAGACGAAUAUGUCUGCGAACUACGAGCCGCAAAUAUUCUUAAUGAUGCGGUUAGUGAAGCUAUCUGGGAGAUGGAAUGCGUAUUGGGCGGAAGUCAAGUUCGUAAUGGUAAUGGUGUAAUGUAG